AUCGUUAUCGCGGCCAGCAGCUUGUUUUGUUUUGCUUACACGACAGACAGAUAAUAUAAUUCAUUUAUUUAUUUAUUUACUAUGCUAGUGCGACAAGGUUAAGCUUAAAAUACAAGUAAAUUACAAGUAGCAAGAAAUAUAACUAUACUUAUACUCUUAAAAUGAGUAGUUUAAAAUCGGACUUGGACGAGUACUUGCUGCUGCAGAGUGACCAGAAAAAAAGUUUUAAUGUCAAGCUGCCACAGCUUAAAGUUCCAUUUUUUACUAGAAAGUCUGAGCCGGAAGCAAAUAGUUGGAUUAAGGACACUCAGGAUUCAUGUUUCCCGAAAUUGUCCCGCCUGCAGCGAAUUGUGGGUUUCGUGGCCUGUUUGGGCAUGGGAAUGCUGUGCAUGGCUCUUUCCACAUUAUACAUCCCCGUCCUAAUCUUGAAGGCCAGAAAGUUUGCACUGCUCUACACCCUCGGAAGCCUUUUCUUCAUCUUGAGCUUCUGUUUUCUCUCCGGAUUUGGGUCCUUUCUGAAGCAGAUGUUCUCCAAACCUAGACUGCUCACUUCGAUAACGUAUAGCUCCUGCUUGCUUUUAACUUUAUACUGCGCCUUGGUAGCGAGAAGCACAGCUUUUACUGCCCUCUUUGCAGUGACACAAAUAAUUGCAUUGCUGUUUAUGAUUCUCGGGAUGGUGCCCGGAGGAGCUACAGGACUCAAGUUCUUCGGGCAACUCUUCAAGACCAGCGUUUCUGCGACCACUAGUGCGCUGCCUGUGUAAAAACUUAAAACGGAAUUAUCCAAAACCGCAGCAACGAAAAAAGUAACAUAUUAACUCAUAGAUAAAUCCAAAAUAAACCAUAUUUGUGAUACAACGCCUCUUAAAUGUACAGUACUUAUUGUAGAUAACAUUUAUUCACAGGUUGAGUCAUUAACAUUUAUUUAUUCCCAUUAUCAGCAAUUUGUAUGUAAUAAAACCCACAUCACUUUUA